AUGUCUCUUCUGUUACAUGGAUCCCACGAUUCGCAAACUAUUAACGAUAUUAGCGAACACUCAACAUUGCCUUCUGUUCAAAAUAUUCUUCUAGAUUUGAAUUGGUUAACAGCCAAAAUGUCAUCGGCUGCUAUUCCGAUUGUGAAAGUUCGAGGAUGCGAGAACGGAAGCAUUCCUGAAGAUUCUUCCUUAGGAUUACGACGAACACCAUUAGAUGCUUCUCACACUCCAAAAAUGCUCAAAGUUCUUGAUGGCUCGAUGUUGAGGAAUAUAUCAGCAACGGACCUCGUGCAAGAACUUAGUGACCCAGUAACCGUUUCAAAGACUAUCGAUGCCCCAACUUCUCUACCUGAAACAAGAGUACUGGUUCUCUAUACCGGCGGAACUAUUGGAAUGAUGAAUAAGGAUGGAGUUUACAAGCCUUAUGCUGGAUAUUUGCCUGAAGUCCUACGAGACAUUCCUCCAUUGAAUGAUCGAAACUUCAUAAAUGAGCAUUAUGGGAAUGUAGCGACUGUUCGUCCAUACUCUCUACCACCAGUACGUGGUAUGACAAAACGGGUUGUAUAUUGGAUAGUGGAAUAUGAGCCAUUACUUGAUUCAUGUGAUAUGACAUUCGACGAUUGGAUUCGAAUAGCUUCGGAUAUCAAGAAGGCUUAUCAUAACUAUGAUGGUUUUGUUGUGCUUCAUGGGACCGACACUUUAGCUUAUACAGCAAGUGCUCUAUCGUUCAUGAUGGAGAAUUUAGGAAAACCUGUGGUGAUAACAGGAAGCCAAAUUCCCGUGGCUGAAGUACGCUCAGACGGCAUGGACAACUUGAUAGGAGCUUUAGUAGUAGCUGGUAACUUAGAUAUUCCAGAGGUUUGUGUUUAUUUCAAUAACAAGCUGAUGCGAGGCAAUCGUACAAUCAAACUUGACAAUUCCGCGUUGGAAGCCUUUGAGAGUCCAAAUCUACCACCAUUAGCACGAAUGAAUAUUAAUAUAAAAGUGAACUAUGAUUCCGUUUUUCGAAGUGAUACUAUUGAAGCGUUCUCUGUACAUGAUAACCUGUGUAGGAACGUUGGUAUUCUCAGAAUUUUCCCGUCCAUAAGUAUUGAACUGGUCCAGUCUUUCUUAGCUCCGCCAGUAAAAGGAGUAAUUCUUCAAACAUAUGGAUGUGGAAACGUGCCAUCGCAACGUAAAGAUAUUCUGAAUGCUAUUAAGGAAGCUAUUGAUGAGAGGGGAUUGCUUGUGCUCAAUUGCUCUCAAUGUCUUCGAGGACAAGUGGAUUUGAAUUAUGCGACUGGAAAAGUUCUAACAGAUAUUGGAGUCAUUUCUGGCUCAGAUAUGACUUCUGAAGCUGCUAUGACGAAAAUGUGUUAUGUGCUUGGAAAGGAUGAAUGGCCACUGGCUAAGAAAAAACUUAUGUUACAAACCAAUCUUCGUGGAGAAAUGACAGUGAGCAACAUGGAACCAAUGAGAGAAUCUGACAUCAUUCCCUAUAUCGCAAAAUGCUUGAGGUUAUCCUCUACGAAUGAGAUUCAACUCUUACGGGACACCAUCCUUCCUCCAUUAUUCUGUAAUGCUGCAAAAACUAAUAAACCCGAGCUUCUGAAGAGCUUGAAUGAAAGUGGUGUCAAUUUCUCUUCUCCUGACUACAAUUUGCGAACUGCUCUACAUGUGGCAGCAUCUCAUGGAAACAUCGACGCUGUCAAAUAUCUUUUGAGCAUAGGAGUUAAUGUUCACACAAAGGAUAUGUUUGGGUAUAAUCCAUUAGUAUGUGCUGUGAAGGCUAAAGCUCUGCCAUGCGUCCAUGUUCUAAGAAAAGCUGGCGCAAGUAUUGAUGCCACAACACACAAAAUAGGAGUUGAGUUGUGCUUAGCUGCUUCACAGGGUGACUUAACACUGCUCAAAUGCUAUAGAGCAGCGGGAUGUACUAUGAAAGAAUGUGACUAUGAUGGUAGAACUGCUCUCCAUGUGGCUGUGACUCAUAAUCGCAAAGACAUCGUACAGUAUCUAAUGGAAUGCGGAUUGGACCCAAGAGUUAUGGACGAGUUUGGCACGACACCAUAUACUGAAGCUAAUAGAAAGAAGAACACGGAAAUGGUCGAUAUGUUGCGGCAUUUGCAAGAAAGACACCUACACGAUUUGAGUGAUUUCGAUGACCUAAGUCACGAGGAGUGA